UUCCACCCGGGUCUCUUUCUAGAGCUCCGACAUGCCGACCUGAAGAUCAGUGACGUCAUGAUUUGGUCUCGUAUGUUCCGAGUUCCCAGUUGUCUUGAACACGGCAUUUUGCCCCAACCACAAACCACAGUGUCACGCCGACAGAUCGCAACAUCCACAAUGGAACUUUCUUAUCAAUCUAUCAGAACCGCGAAUCAAGCAAGAGAGGCGGAUGAAAUGAGAACAGAGUCCAGAAGAAGAAAUCUACUCAUAUUAAUCUUUCAUCAUUUAAUGGAGGCAGGGUACAUGGAUGCUGCCAGUGCUCUGGAACAGGAUACCAAUGUCUGCUUCCGGCGGUUUGAAGUGUGUGACAAUAUAGACCUGGACACUGUGUUGAUGGAGUAUGAGAGUUACUACUUCAUCAAGUUCCAGAGAUAUCCCAAACUAACCAAGAAACUGCCAGAACCAGUUGAAAGUAGACAUGCAAGAAGUUGUGGAAAAAAGAGGGUCCCCUGCACUGGAGUUCAGCCCCUGCCCAGAAUAAACUCCUCCCACAGACCCCCCUCCAGGGGUGGAGUCAAGAAGACAGAACCCAAGAUGGUGGUCAAGGACGCCAGUAAAGCUGUUGGUGAGAACGGGGGGCGCUCAUCUCCUCCAGAGCCGACAGAGUUCGGCCUGAAUGUUUCCCCCAUCAUCAGGAACGGAGCAGGAGAAGGACAGAUGAAGAAGGGUCAGCUGAUUGACUGCAGAGGCCUUAUCCAGGAUGCAUCCAACAGUCUGUCAGAACCCAUGGAGCCUCUUCUGAAACCUCUCAGUGCCUUCAUUGGGAUGAACAGUGAGAUGAGAGAUCUGGCUGCUGUUAUUAGCAGGGACAUCUAUUUACAGAACCCCGCUGUGCGCUGGGAUGACAUUAUAGGCCUGCAGGCCGCCAAGCGAUUAGUCAAAGAGGCUGUCGUCUACCCUAUUAAGUAUCCACAGCUAUUCACUGGCAUCCUGUCUCCAUGGAAAGGUCUGCUGUUAUACGGACCUCCAGGUACAGGUAAGACACUGCUGGCCAAGGCUGUAGCCACAGAGUGUAACACCACGUUCUUCAACAUCUCAGCCUCCAGCAUCGUCAGCAAGUGGAGAGGAGACUCUGAGAAGCUGGUCAGGGUGUUGUUUGAGCUGGCUCGCUACCACGCCCCUUCCACCAUUUUCCUGGAUGAACUGGAGUCAGUUAUGAGCCAGAGAGGGACUGGAGGAGGAGGAGAGCACGAGGGCAGCAGAAGGAUGAAGACAGAGCUUUUGGUCCAGAUGGAUGGACUGGCCCGAUCUGAUGAUCUGGUUUUUGUCCUGGCAGCAUCUAACCUUCCCUGGGAGCUGGAUCAUGCCAUGCUGAGACGUCUGGAGAAAAGGAUUAUGGUUGGCCUUCCCUCUGACAAUGCCCGACAGGCCAUGGUCUCUCAUUGGCUGCCUCCACUCAGCUGCACUGGAGGGGUGGAGCUACGCACCGAGCUGGCCUAUGAGAUGAUUGCAAAGGCGACGGAAGGAUACUCUGGGUCUGAUAUCAGGCUGGUGUGUAAAGAAGCAGCCAUGAGACCAGUCAGGAAGAUAUUUGAUGCUCUAGAGAGCCACCAGCAGGGGAGCUGCAACAUGCCUGUCAUUCACCUGGAAACUGUGACAACAGACGACUUCCUGGAGGUGAUCGCUCACACCAAACCCUCGGCCAGGAACCUUAUAGACAAAUACACCGCCUGGGAGACUGAGUACGAGUCUGUGUGACACACUCAACAUAGCAAUAUACAGUGCCUUCAGAAAGUAUUCAGACCCCUAGACUUUUUCCACAUUUUGUUAUUUUACAACCUUAAUUUAAAAUGUAUUCAAAAAAAUAAUAAUUAACUUUUCAUUUUAUUUUUUAAAAUUUUACCCCUUUUCCUCCCCAAUUUCGUGGUAUCCAAUUGUUUAGUACCUACUAUCUUUUCUCUGGUACAACUCCCAAAGGGGCUUGGGAGAGACGAAGGUUGAAAGUCAUGUGUCCUCCGAUACACAACCCAACCAAGCCGCACUAACCCUAACCCUUCUUAACACAGUGGGCGCAUCCAACCCAGAAGCCAGCCGCACCAAUGUGUCAGAGGAAACUUCAUGCACCUGGCAACCUUGGUUAGCGUGCACUGCGCCCGGCCCGCAACAGGAGUCGCUGGUGCGCGAUUAGACAAGGAUAUCCCUACCGGCUAAGCCCUCCCUAACCCGGACGACACUGGGCCAAUUGUGCGUCGACCCCAUGGACCUACCGGGUGUGGCCGGUUGCGAACCCAGAGUCUCUGGUGGCACAGCUGGCGCUGCAGUACAGCGCCCUUAACCACUGCGCCACCCGGGAGGCCCUUAAAAGAUAAAAACUCAUCUACACACAAUAACCCUUAAUGACAAAGCGAAAACAGUUAAAAGAAAUAAAUAAACAGAAAUAUCUUAAUUACGUAAAUAUUCAGACCCUUUGAUAUGAGGCUCGAAAUUGUGCUCAGGGACAUCCUGUUUUCGUUGAUCAUCCUUGAGAUGUUUCUACAACUUGAAUCGAAUCCAUCUGUGAUAAAUUCAAUUGAUUGGACAUGAUUUGGAAAGACACACACCUGUCUAUAUGAGGUCCCACAGUUGACAGUGCAUGUCAGAGCAAAAACCAAGCUAUGACGUCUAAGGAAUUGUCCGUAGAGCUCUGAGACAGGAUUGUGUCAAGAAACAGAUCUGGGAAGUGUACCAAAAAAUGUCUGCAGCAUUGAAGAUCCCCAAGAACACAGCGCCCUUCAUCAGUCUUAAAUGGAAGAAGUUUGGAACCACCAAGACUCUUCCUAGAGCUGGCCUCCCAGCCAAACUGAGCAAUCAGGGGAGAAGGGCCUUGGUCAGGGAGGGGACCAAGAUCCCGAUGGUCACUCUGACAGACAUCCAUAGUUCUUCUGUGGAGAUGGGACAACCUUCCAGAAGGACAACCAUCUCUGCAGCAUCCCACCAAUUAGGCCUUUAUGGUAGAGUUGCCACUCCUCAGUAAAAGGCACAUGACAGCCCACUUGGAAUUUGCCAAAAGGCACCUAGACUCUCAGACCAUGAGAAACAAGAUUAUCUGGUCUUAUGAAACCAAGAUUGAACUCUUUAGCCUGAAUGCCAAGUGUCAAGUCUGGAGGAAACCUGACACCAUCUCUACGGUGAAGCAUGGUGGUAGCAUGAGGGUAUGUUUUUCAGUGGCAGGGACUGGGAGACUAGUCAGGAUUGAGAGAAAGAUGAACGGAGCAAAGUACAGAAAGAUCAUUGACGAAAACCUGGUCCAGAGCACUCAGGACCUCAGACUGGGGUGGAGGUUCACCUUCCAACAGGACUACGACCCUAAUCGCACAGCCAAAACAAUCAGGAGUGGCUUCAGGACAAGUCUCUGAAUGACCUUGAGUGGUCCAGCCAGAGCCCGGACUUGAACCCAAUCAAACAUCUCUAGAGAGGCCUGAAAAUAGCUGUUCAGCAACGCUCCCCAUCCAACCUGACAGAGCUUGAGAGGAUCUGCAAAGAAGAAUGGAAGAAACUUCCCAAAUACAGGUGUGCCAAGCUUGUGGCGUCAUACCCAAGAAGACUCAAGGCUGUAAUUGCUGCCAAAGGUGUUUCAACAAAGUACUGAGUAAAGGGUCUGAAUUUCUUUCAUCUAAAAAACAGUUUUUGCUUUGUCAUUAUUGGGUAUUGUGUGUAGAUUGAUAUGGGAUUUUUUUUAAUUAAAAUUUAGAAUAAGGCAGUAACGUGACAAAAUGUGGAAAAGGUCAAGGGGUCUGAAUACUUUCCGAAUGCACUGUACAUAUCUGUAGCAAUGAGCAUCUUAGAUUAGCAAUACAAUGUAAUAGGUCAGUGUGUCUGUACAUAGGGCUUGUCUGAGACAGAACCUAGGUCAGUGUGUCUGUACAUAGGGCUUGUCUGAGACAGAACCUAGGUCAGUGUGUCUGUACAUAGGGCUUGUCUGAGACAGAACCUAGGUCAGUGUGUCUGUACAUAGGGCUUGUCUGAGACAGAACCUAGGUCAGUGUGUCUGUACAUAGUGCCGGUCUGAGACAGAACCUAGGGCAGUGUGUCUGUACAUAGGGCUGGUCUGAGACAGAACCUAGGUCAGUGUGUCUGUACAUAGGGCUUGUCUGAGACAGAACCUAGGUCAGUGUGUCUGUACAUAGGGCUUGUCUGAGACAGAACCUAGGUCAGUGUGUCUGUACAUAGGGCUUGUCUGAGACAGAACCUAGGUCAGUGUGUCUGUACAUAGGGCUGGUCUGAGACAGAACCUAGGUCAGUGUGUCUGUACAUAGGGCUUGUCUGAGACAGACCCUAGGUCAGUGUGUCUGUACAUAGGGCUUGUCUGAGACAGAACCUAGGUCAGUGUGUCUGUACAUAGGGCUUGUCUGAGACAGAACCUAGGUCAGUGUGUCUGUACAUAGGGCUUGUCUGAGACAGAACCUAGGUCAGUGUGUCUGUACAUAGGGCUUGUCUGAGACAGAACCUAGGUCAGUGUGUCUGUACAUAGGGCUUGUCUGAGACAGAACCUAGGUCAGUGUGUCUGUACAUAGGGCUUGUCUGAGACAGAACCCAGUGUUUCUGUACAUAGGGCUUGUCUGAGACAGAACCUUUGGUAAAAACGGUUUCUGGAACUUCACUGAAGAAAUGGAAGGUUGCUGACCUGUGUUUUAUACAGCUGAAUGGAUUCUCUAUGUUCAAUUAAAGACAAUAUGAGUCA